CACAAACAAAACUUGAAAUAAUAAUCUUAUUAUUAUUUACGUACUAUUAAAUUUUUGUGUUUAAUGGAAGGAGUUUCGAAUUCGACAAAUGGAAAUGUUGUUGAUCAGAUAAAGUAUAGAGGAAUUCGUAGGAGGCCAUGGGGAAAAUAUGCAGCAGAGAUUCGUGAUCCGACAAGGAAAGGAACAAGAAUAUGGCUUGGAACAUUUGAUACUGCGGAACAAGCUGCAAGAGCUUAUGAUGCUGCUGCUUUUCAUUUUCGUGGUCAUAGAGCUAUUUUAAACUUCCCUAAUGAAUAUCAAGGUCCUAAUUCAUCAUCUUCUUCAUUACCUAUGCCUCUUACAGUGCCUCAUCCUCCUCCUAAUCAUGAUCAUGAUCAUGAUCAUGAUCAUGAUCCUAAUCCUAAUCUUAAUCCUAAUCCUUCUUCUUCUUCAUCUUUUUCUUCUUACUCUGUUGAUGAUAACUUUGAUUUUGGAUUUUUGGAUAAUAAGUUGCUACAAGAAUUCCUUCAAGAAGGAACACAGUGAUUAAGAAGCUACUGUUGAAGAAUAUCAAAUGGCAUGCAAUCUGUGGUUUAGUAAAUUUCUUUUUAUUAAAUUAUUUGGGAUUGUUUAUGUAAGUUAUUCUUAUAAUUAAUGAGAUUGCGUAUUUUGGAUGUUUAUAAUAAUUGUAAGAAUUUAAUUGAGAAAGAAGAGAGAUGGAUAUUUUUCUGGUUUUAUUAUGGGGGCUUUCUUUUGCUUGGCUUUGAUAUCAAAUGGGACUUGUAAUAAAAACUCUUUUGCACACACUUGUUGAAAGAAGAGAAAGAGUAAUCAUUAACUUUAUUCAAACUUGACAUAUCAAUGCAUCAUGUUUGGAUACAUGUGUAUAGGCUUGAAAAUAGAAAACACUUAUGGGAUAAGUAACUAUAAUACGGCGGUGAUGAAACGGUGGUACAGCUGCAUCCACUUGAAUUCUUACUAGCUAAGCAAACUAAGAAACCUAUCUAAUAAGUCUCCUCUUCAUUUUUUUGAUAACCUUUCUUAAUCAAGAAGAAUGUCAAACUACACUUAUACACUUAUUACCUUUAUAGUAAUC